AUGAAUCCUUCUAUAAAAGUUGAAGAGAAUGAUGCUAACUCAAAGAUUGAAAUAUCUCAAUUAAAUCAUGAUUCUUAUCUUUGUAAUAGGAAUCCAGAUAGUAAUGAUUACAUUGUUGGAUUAUAUCCAUUGUCAAAUUAUACAUUUGCAGUAAAAGAUGCUCAAUCAGAAAAGGAUAGUUCUGUACAAGCAAGAUUUCAAAGGAUGCGUAAUGAAUAUCAAACAAUUGGAAUGAGACGUAGUGUUGAGGCUGUUAUGCUUGUUAAUGAACAUAACACACCACAUAUACUUCUUUUACAAAUAGGAACUACAUUUUUUAAAUUACCUGGUGGUGAGUUAAUGCCAGAUGAAAACGAUAUUGAUGGAUUAAAAAGAAUAUUAAAUGAAACUCUUAGUUCACCAGAGAAACCACCAACACAAUGGAAUGUUACUGAUAUGUUAGCUAAAUGGUGGAGAAGUAAUUUUGAACCUCCUCGUUAUCCUUAUGUACCUAGUCAUGUUACAAGACCGAAAGAAUGUUGUAAAUUAUUUCUUGUUCAACUUCCUUCCUCAGCUUAUUUUGCUGUUCCUAGAAAUUUUAAAUUAGUAGCAGCACCAUUAUUUGAAUUAUAUGAUAAUGCAACAGGAUAUGGACCUGUGAUCUCUACACUUCCACAACUUCUCAGUCGUUUUGAAAUGAAAUAUUUAAAAUAA